AUGCGCACAGCUCCAUAUGGCUCCAAGAUGGCUGACACAGCGUCCGGGGGCUCCAGCACGAGGGGCAGCAAGCAGGCCGGCACCCCCGCUGACAAUUACCAGCUGGCGCGGCGCCGCACGCUGCAGGUCGUGGUGAGCUCGCUGCUGACCGAGGCCGGCUUCGAGAGCGCCGAGAAGGCGGCGGUGGAGACGCUCACCGAGAUGAUCCAGAGCUACAUCUCAGAGAUCGGCAGGAGCGCCAAAUCCUACUGCGAGCACACGGCCAGGACCCAGCCCACGCUCUCGGACAUCGUGGUCACCCUGGUGGAGAUGGGCUUCAACGUGGAAACCCUUCCAGCCUACGCCAAGCGUUCCCAGAGGAUGGUGAUCACUGCCCCUCCAGUGACAAACCAGCCCGUGACCCCCAAGGCCCUGACAGCCGGGCAGAACAAACCUCACCCACCCCACAUUCCUGGCCACUUCCCAGAGUUCCCAGAUCCUCACACCUACAUCAAGACACCAACGUACCGCGAGCCCGUGUGCGAUUACCAGGUGCUGCGCGAGAAGGCGGCGUCGCAGCGCCGGGACGUGGAGAGGGCCCUCACCCGCUUCAUGGCCAAGACUGGCGAGACCCAGAGCCUCUUCAAGGACGAUGUCAGCACCUUCCCACUGAUUGCUGCCAGGCCCUUCACCGUGCCCUACCUGACGGCGCUGCUGCCCUCGGAGCUGGAGAUGCAGCAGAUGGAGGAGACGGAUUCCUCGGAGCAGGACGAGCAGACGGACACCGAGAACCUCCCGCUGCACAUGAGCACGGACGACGCAGGGCCCGAGAAGGAGAACAGCUCCGUGCUGCAGCAGAGCAGCUCCCUGGCAGGCAGCAGGAACGGGGAGGAGAACGUCAUCGACAACCCCUACCUGAGGCCCGUCAAGAAACCCAAAAUCCGCAGGAAGAAGUGAGGGGGGACGUUCCCAAAAUUCCCCCGGGGAGCUGCCCCGGGGCUCAGGAGAGGCUGCCCAGCUGAGGAGGGGUCUCUGGGCCCCACUCCCACCCUGCUCUCCCUCUGCUCACUGCGGCGCUCCACCUGGGAA